AUGGCUGAUUGCUGUGUUGAAUACUCAGAGAAUGGAUAUAAUGAAAUAUCUCAAUCUCCUCUCUUUGACGAAUUUCGCUAUGUAAUUUUUGCUAUUAAAAUUAAGGAAAAUAGGCUUUUCCAAGUGAUUAAACCACCUAAAUAUCAAUACCAAACCAAUUUACCUAGUGGAGAAUAUUCACUAUUACCUAGUCAUAAACAACUUACAAGAGCAUCAUUUAUUGUAUCAAAUUUACAAACACUUCACUCUUUAGUUGUUAUUGGUAAGUCAUUUGAUUUAGUAUCAGUAGAACCAACUAAUGAAAGGGCAUUUAAUGAAACAUGUUCAUUGGCAACAACUGAUAUUAUUACAUUAGACUUUUUACGCUAUUCUUUUUAUACUAAUAUAAGUGCUAUAAAAACUGCUCUUACAAGGGGAAUUUUUUUUGAAAUAAAGGUGUCAUCUCUCUCAUCCAUUAAAAAUGGAAAUUUACGUUCUCAAAUUUUUUCAAAUAUUCAUGACUUUAUCACAUUAACUAAGGCUAGAAAUUUAAUUCUUUCAAGUGGUGCUACUUCAUUAACCUCAUUUAAAUCUCUUCGUUCAUUACAACAUUUUGGUAGAACUCUUGGUCUUACACCUUCUCAAUCAUAUGAUGCUAUUUGUUCAAACCCUAUGCGUUGUAUAACUCGUUCAAGAAAGAGAAAUCCUAUUAAUUGUUUGGUUAUUGUCUAA